UUUCCGACAUGAAGAUAACUGACGUCAUGACAUGAUUUGACCUUGUUUUUUUACCGAGUUCCCAGUUGUCUUGAACGCACCAUUAUAUACGUGCGAUUCAACCAGUUAGGAAGUCUGACAUUUCGGAAUGUUCUUGUUCCCACUAGCACGUGAUCGCGGCAUAUAAUGAACCACUGCGCAGCACAGGGACUUUUAUACGUCACUUAUUUAUUUUACUAUCCUAACGCUGACCACAGGCUGAACAAUAACCCACUACAGCGUUGCCGAGGACAGCAUCAUGGCAGGCCAGAGAGUAUCCAUGAAGGAACCAGUAUGUCUGAUAGAGAACGACAGUGACGGGAAGCUGCGUGUGGUCCGCAGUGCACUGGACAUCCUGGACCAGAUUGACCAGCAUGUGGUAGUGGUGUCGGUGGUCGGGCUGUACCGCACCGGCAAGUCCUACCUCAUGAACAAGCUGGCUGGAGAGAGGAAAGGUUUUGCCCUGGGAGCCACCAUCCAGUCCAAAACUAAGGGCAUCUGGAUGUGGUGUGUGCCUCACCCUGAAAAAAGAGACCACACCCUGGUGCUGCUGGAUACAGAGGGGCUGGGGGAUGUGGAGAAGGGUGAUGAGAAGAAUGACAACUGGAUCUUUUCCCUGGCUGUCCUGCUCAGCAGUACUCUGGUGUACAACAGCAUGGGAACCAUCGACAACAACGCACUGGAGAAACUACACUAUGUGACAGAACUGACAGAGCACAUCAAGGUGAAGUCCAACCAGCGAGACGGGGAGGAAUCUUCAGAGUACCUGCGUUACUUUCCUUCCUUUGUGUGGACAGUCAGAGAUUUCACCCUGACCCUGGAGGUUGAUGGGAGACCCAUCACAGCCAAUGAGUACCUGGAGAACGCUCUUAAACUGAAAACAGGUCAAAGUGCAAAGGUUCAGCAGUACAACCUGCCUCGUAGUUGCCUGCGGAACUAUUUCUCUCCUCGCUGGUGCUUUGUGUUUGAGAGGCCAGCCAGCAGAGACAAAAUGAGACGUAUGGAGGAGCUGACCGAUGCUGACCUGGAGCCUGCCUUUGUGGAGCAAGCCAAGGAGUUCUGUGACCACGUCUUCAAGGAGGUCAAGACCAAGACCCUGAAACAGGGCCUGAAAGUUACCGGCAGACUGCUGGGGAACCUGGCAGAGACGUAUGUGUCCGCCAUCCGGAGCGGGCAGAUCCCCUGCCUGGACAAUUCUGUGGUGGCACUGGCCCAGAUUGAGAACUCCAGUGCCAUCGAGAGGGCCAGGGCCCACUACCAGAAGGGCAUGGCUGACUGGGUGGCCUACCCCACAGAGACCCAAGAGGAGCUGUCUGAAGUGCAUGCUGUCAUGGAGAAGGAGGCUGUGGCCAUAUUCAUCAACAACUCCUUCAAAGACGAGGACCAGAAGUACCAGUUGGAGCUCAUGAAAGUGCUUCAAGAGGAGUAUGAGAAGAUCUGUGAGAGGAACUACAAGGAGUCCCAGAAGGCAUGUGAGUCCAAAAUCGAAUGCAUCUUUGCCCCUUUGGAGGAGAAAAUAAGGGAUGGCUCCUACAUGACCCCUGGAGGAUACAAAGAGUACUGCAACGACCUGAAACUGGCCACCAGCGAAUACAGAUCUGAGGGAGGCAGGGGAGUGAAGGCUGAAGAGGUACUGAAGGAGUACUUGGAAAGGAAAGCCAGCAUUGGUCAGGCCAUCCUGUCAGCAGACCAGUCCCUCACUGAAGCUGAGCAGAGAGCAGAAGCCGAGCAAGCAAAAAGGGAGGCAUCUGAGCGGGAGAAUCGAGCCAUGGAGGAGCAGCUGGUUGUCCAGGAGAGGUUGAGAGCGGACCAGCAGAGGACGUAUGAGGAGAAUGUGAACCAGCUGAUGGAGAGGAUGGAGAGAGACAGUAGAAAUGCCAUAGCAGAGCAUGACAGAGUUCUGCAGGCCAGACUAAAGGAGCAGAGUGAUCUCCUCCAGCAAGGAUUUGAUGACAAAGCAACCCAAAUGCAAAGAGGGAUAGAUGCCCUUAAGGAUGCGAAGGCACAAGAGGUAGAGAAUAGGAUAUCAUUCAUUAGCAAGGCUCUGGAUACUGUUGGGACUGCAGCUACAAUGUUCCUACCAGGAAUAUUCCCCCAAAUUGGAGGAAUGGCUUUGAAAUUCUUUUCAAAGUUGUUCUGAUGAAAGUUCUCGAGGAGAUUGACUAAUAAUAAUUUGAUAGUUUUUCCCAUACACCAGUUUAAUCAUUUAUUGAUUCAAUCAGUAUUUAUUGAAGUUAAUGACUGACUUACUUUAGAUUAAGCACUCAAUUAAGGUUGUAUUUGUUUGGGUUUAUGCUAGUUUAGACUACAAUACAAAAAACAAAGGAAAGCUUUUAAGACGUUUUUGCAGUUCUUUUUUUACUAAUACCUCUAACAUUAAAAAGAUUGAUCAGUGCCUAAAUGAUCUACUUGAAGUUUA